AUACAGCUCUAUCCCUCCUCUCCCUCAGAAACCGCACCACGGUGACGGUUCUCUCCCAUCAAUCUUCCGAUUUCGUUGUCCUCUGCUUCGGCGUCGAUCGGCUUGUUACUACGAUAUCCUGUAUAAUAUACCUGGGUUGUGCUGUUUGUAUUCGCGCCUUUGAUAUCUUGCGAUCGGGAGAUUCUUCCCCGCGUUCUAAAAGUUCUCUCGUCCACGACCUAUUUUUGAUUGCCAGCGUGAUUCGACUUCCUAUGCACGUUUCUCGAUAAUGUAUCACUACACUACUCCACCUCCCGGGUGGUCCUACGACUACACGACCUCUCCUCCCACGUCUCCCCACUACGCCUACUACGCCUCCCCCUUCGCCAAUGCCUACGGCUCGCCGCGCGGUCCGUCGAAGCGCCACAACCGCAAAGCCAGCUACGCCGGCCCGAAAGAGACCGCCGGAUGGUAUGCUGGGUAUGGGCAAGGGUUCUACGAAGCGAUGCCAGAAUAUGGCACGCCACCGCGCAAGCACGAACCUGUAAGUGCUUCUUUUGGUGGCUAUUCUCGUCGUCGCAGCACCAUGUCCGGGGCCCCAGCGGCGGGCCCGUGGGAACAUGCCGGCGCCCACCCGUCGCACCCGUCGCCCACCCGGCCCAUCUUUGUGGAUGUGGUCGACGACGGAUCCGACGGCGAUGCGCCGCGAUACGUCUUCCGCGAGGAACCCAGUCCUCCGCGUCGCAAGCCGUCGACGUCUCACCGCAAGCCCAAGCCACCCACUGAUCAAUACUUCUACUAUAACCAGGUGCCUGCCCAUGAAGAUGCUGACACGGCCAAGCGAUCUCGGGCGCGCCGUCAAUCCACCUCCACCCGCACGCCCAACAAGCCAAAGCCGUCCGCUCCUACCUCCAAGCCAGCUCCCAAAGCCACAGAAGCCGAUGCGGCCCGAGCAGGGAUUCCCCCGGGCUACUCGAUCAAGAACUGGGACCCAACGGAGAUGCCGAUCAUUCUGCUGGGGAGUGUAUUCGACGCGAACUCGCUGGGCAAGUGGAUCUACGAUUGGACCGUGUUCACGCAUGGGGCGUCGACGCCCAUGGCGGACGUGGCGGGCGACCUGUGGCUGCUGUUGAUCAAAUUGGCCGGCAAGGUGAAAAGAGCCAACGAGUGUCUCGACCGCAUCCGGCGCCCCGAGGCGCAGGAGGUCGUGGAGGAUUUCCUGCAGAGCGGGGAACGCCUGUGGGCGCGGUUCAAGAAGCUGCUCAAAACCUGUGAGCAGUUUAUGUGGAAGGCGGCCAAGCGGGAAGGGGGCAAGGGCUCUGUGUCGAUGGGCCGUAAUGCCGGCUGUGAGUUUGUCGAGACGAUCUUUGGCCGGGAUCGCGAGCUGGAGAGUACGGAGAAGCUGAUGAACAGCAUCCGUUUGUGGAACAUGCGGUUUGACGCCAACUGCGAAGAGAUUCUCCGUCGCCCGUCGGCCGCCUAACCUCUGCGACUGCGACUGCGACUACUAAAAGCACUAUCUGAUUAAUCUGUUUUGGUUUUGUUGGUAUUUACAUGGGAGCUUUUGACAGCACUAUCCGCAUCACGCAGGAUUACAGGAUACAUGUGCAGUUGUUGCCGACUUACAUUGCUUGGAUUUAAUGGUCGGCAUGCAUUUCAGCGCGUUUGGUGACUCCAUCUUAUUGGUGCAUCUUCAGGGUGAACAGUUCCGUCUAUCAUUCUCACGCGAAUGCUUUUUCUGUUUGCGUUCUGGAAUAUUGUUUUUCAAGCUUUCAAGCAUGGCUUCUAAUUCUGGGCUGGG